CUUCCCCUAUGUUGUCACUUAAAUAUAGUGCCUUGAUAUAGCAGUCUCACAAUUCAAGGAGUUUUCAUCCCUUCUUUGUGUUUCUGUAGUCAGUUAUUUAUUGUUUGGGUGAUAUUAUAAAAGAUGUAAAAUAGCCUUUUGUGAAGAGUGGUGUAUGAAAAGCUAUUGCAUAGCUGGACAACCCUCUUCUCUAACCUGAGUUUUACCUUUCUUAGUAAAAAAGAGAAUUGUUGCAGCAAGUGUUGCAAUGGCAGUAGGUAGUGACUAUUCAUGUUGCCAUUGAAGGUAACUUUAUUGCAAUUACUUGGUCUGAAUAUUUUAUGGCAAAGAAUAUGUAGUAAACAGCAGCACCAGGGUACAAAAACUAGAAAAAUACUAUCUGUUGCAGAUAGCCAUCAUCUUGAUUUCUCUGAAGUAUUAUUCCUGAAGUCUUGCAUUCAGUUUGGUUUCACUGAAAUACAAAUUUAUGGCCCAGCACAACUGUUGCAAAGACAGCUUUCUGAAAGUGGGCAGAGAGCCAGCAUAUUAGACUUGGUCUGAUCUUAAAUUCCCAUAGGGUGCAUAUGAGUAAUUCUGAUAGUGACCAAUCCAAACAUAUGAAUGAAAUGAGUAGGAUUUAUUUUCAAUCCAUAUGAGAUCUCUGUAUUCAUCACACCCUCACCUCUAGGUCUAGGACUAUAGCUUGAGCAUUCCUCUGCCUUUGAGUGGAAAGUUAACUUUCUCUGGUAUAGAACACUAAUCAAUAUAUCAGUAGAGUGAAUUGACUACUACUAAAUUCAAAGUAUCUUAAAUAUUCCUCUCUUUUGUGAAUACCCAAUAGAUACAAGCUAUUAGAGGGGCUGAUGAGGCCUUUUAAUGUACAGAAACAAUUCAAAGUAUCUGUUUUUUAAUGGAGGAAGGCUUUUAGAGCAUCCUUGAAUUGAUGAAGUGAAACAGUUUUGAAGAACAGAUGAAUGUUUAAGUCCUCAAGUCUCCUGAUUUAUUGCCAAGAAAACUGAUCUGUCAAUACAGUAUUCACAUCUAGACUAAGCCUCCAUUUUAUCAGAAAUGUUCAAAAUUCAGCGUUAACCAAAUCAAUUGAAAUUGACUGUUGUAUUAGGGGGGGAAAGUUUGGGGCUUUUCAUUUAGCUCAUGCAUAUACUAGUUCUCAUGUGUUUCAUAGGCUGAAGCAGGGUUGGUAUAUGUCAUAAUUGUUGAUUAUUUGCUUACUGAUGCAUGGUAACUCAAGCUAUUCUAAGUUCUCAACUUUUGAGUAACGAAGACACACCACCUAGUAUUCAUGACUCCUGAUAACAGUGCUGAAGAGGAAAUUUGAGAAGCCAGUGUGUUGAGAUGAGUCAGUUACCAGGAAAGGAGUUAAAUGGAACAACUGCUGGAAGCCAGGAUUUGGUUCCUUGUGAAAUCUGUGGAAGACAUUUUGCACAAGAUGUUCUGCUGAGGCAUGGUCCAAUAUGCAAGAAAGUCUUUAACAAGAAGCGCAAGCCCUUCAAUUCUUUGAAACAGAGACUGCAGGGAACAGAAAUUACCACUGUGAAAAUGCAGCCUCCACAAAAGAACCAACUGGAGAGGAAAUCUAACUGGAGACAGUAUCAUGAGGAGUUUAUUAAUGCUAUUCAAUCAGCCAAGCAAGUCACAAAAGCUAUGAAAGAGGGUCAUCCUCUUCCUCCUCCUCCCCCCCCAAGUAUUAAUCCAGACUAUAUUCAGUGUCCAUACUGCUUGAGAAGAUUUAAUGAGGCUGCAGCACAGAGGCACAUGAAGUUUUGUGAAGAACAAGCUGCUCGCCAUGCCUUUGCAGCAGGCUCAAAGAUCACCAGACAGGCUCCAGGCAAGCAGUCAGUGACUCAGAAAAAAACCCCAACCUUAGCAGGUUCUGUGUUAUCAUUGCUUCAGAAGAGAGCACAAGAAGCUGCCAAUAAAAAUGAGUCUAGGCCAGAGGCCUCUCCUGGAAUGCUGCAAAAAAACAAGAAAUCAUUGGCUGUAUCUGCUGGAAAAAAGUGCUCAGGACAUCUUGGAGCCAUGUCAGAGCAGCAACAAGGGCCUCCAGCCCCUGCCAAAGAUAGUUGUAUUGCUGUGCUACGAGGGGAUGGCUUGGAUGAUCAGCUUCUUGCACCCCUGCCAGAAGCUGACCACAGCAGAAAAUCAGAUCCCGACAGGGAAUGUGGCCAAGGCAGUUUCCCUGUAGCUGAUAGGAUAUUUUGA